AUGGCACAUGCUUUUGACAAUCGAAAUGUCUUUACAAAUAAUCAAGAGAAACCAUUCAUUCAAACAUAUAUGAAUGGAAGUGAUCAAUGGGAAAGAUUAUCGUCAUCGCCAACAUUAAAUCAUCCUCCACCGACGUAUGAAGAAACAAUUUUUGAUAAAACUAAAACCAAUCCAUUAUCUAACUCUCAAGAACAAAUAUCAAUAACAUCAAACGCUUAUUCAACUCAACAAAAUAAUGAUUUCAAACCACCACCACCACCAUCACUUCGUGUCCCUCGAUUGACAUCAACAACAAAUCAUAAUUAUAUACAUCGUUCCAAUCUUUUACCUCAAUAUCCAACCAAUGGAAUGAAAACUAGUACAACUUAUUUGAAUACCACUCAACUUUAUAUAACUCAACCAUCCUGCCAAGAUCAUUCUCCUCCACCACCACCGCCACCUCCGCGUUAUCCUUUGUAUCCGCCUGUUAUUCCACCACGUAAUCAGAAGAAUUCGGUAACAAUUCCGAAUUUCAAUUCACCACAAUCAUCGAAAACCAUUUAUCGAUCACCAGUCAAAUUCAAUGAAAUCGAGAAUGCUCUUUCGAACGAGAAUGACUCAACAGUUGGCGAAUAUUUUGGAGAAUGUCGAAAAUGUGGAGAAAUAAUAACAAGUUUAGAUGAUCCAUGUGAUAUACUCGGCGAAACGUAUCAUAGUGCUUGUGCAACUUGCGUUGUAUGUGGACGAUCAGUGAAAAAUAAGCAUUUCUUUGUUAAAGAUCAGUUAUAUUGUGAAGAAGAUUUUCUCUACACAGGAUUUCAUCAAACAUUAGAACAUUGUGUGGCGUGUAAUCACUUGAUAACAGAUACAAUUUUACAAGCUUUGGGUGAAUCGUAUCAUUUCACAUGUUUUCGAUGUUCGAAGUGUUCGAUUUGUUUGGAUGGUGCUCCAUUUAUGCGAGAUAAGAAGCGAAAUCUGUUCUGCGUACGUGAUUAUCACAUGACCUACGGACCACGAUGUGAUAAAUGUUCGGAAAUUAUCUUCCCGGAAGAGGACUCUAACGAAACAAUUCGAAUAAUUUCAAUGGGUAAAACGUUUCAUGUUGAAUGUUAUCAAUGCGAGGAUUGUUCAAAGCAAUUAGGCGAUGAACAGUAUCGUCGUUGUUACCCAUUAGGUGACAGAUUACUGUGUCAAGAAUGUUGUCAUCAACGUUUGAAUACUCUCGAUAAAUUUUAG